CUCCUGCGUCGCAUUACCCAUCCUGACUUGGGUGACCAAUAAUGUUUUAUCUCUGUAUGCUCGUCGGAAAGAGUCGUGCGAGCUUGCAAUUCUUUCGACCCAAAUAGAAGCUCAUUGCACGAUCGAUUCUUUUCCAAAAGCUCUUGGUUCAGGCGUUCGUUGGCCUUGAGUGCCUCGUCCCUCUCCGCCUUCACCCGACCUAACUCUUCGCUUUUCGCGGAAAUCACCUCAACCAAACAGGCAACUACAGUCUUGUCGUUAUUCCCCCCCUGGCUUCUGCUUUCGUUUCCAGCCGUCAUUGUGUUUUUGAUACUCUGCACCCCUUUGAAUGUUUGAUUACACAGUUUACUGAGUUACAGCAGAACUUAAAAAGGAGACCAAAAUUUUCGGUCCCAAAGUAGUUUUUAGACGUAGUUUGACUGCUUGAACGCGGCUUUGCGUAUGUUUCUAAUGGAUGUGUUCAAGUAUCCGUUUUGGGUGUGGGUUUGGGUGUGGUAGGUAUAAUGAGUGGGGAACGAAGUUAUAUAGUAAAAAUUGGGCAGUCAGCUCCACAGAGCACCAACAUCGUGCUAAUAUAAUUAUUAAUCGUUUUCAAACAACCACCAAGUCUACAAUGCAUGCUAAAUUUCUAUUCGAUUCGCGCUAA